AACCCUUCUCCUCCUCCUUCCGCUUCUUCUCCGCCAUUAGAGUGUUGGCUUAGAAGGAACAUCUGCGUUGCUUGCUGAAGUUGAUCGUGCAGAAGCAGGGAAGCCAAAUGGAUGCACAGAAUGAUGUGAAUCGGGGAGAAUUCAGGUGGACAGUCAGCGGCUUCAGUAGGCUGACUGCCCGGAAGCUUUACUCUGAUGCAUUCACAGUUUCUGGUUGUAAAUGGAGAAUUCUGGUGUUCCCCAAAGGGAACAACACAGACCAUCUGUCGCUGUACCUCGACGUCGCUGAUGCUGUGACGUUGCCCUACGGAUGGACCAGAAACGCCAACUUCAGCUUGAGUCUGAUCGAUCAAAUUAAUAGCGUUCGCCACGUUAGAAAGGAGACGGAACAUAAUUUCACCACAACAGAGAGUGACUGGGGUUUCCCAAGUUUCAUUCCAUUGACUGAGCUUCGUCGCCAUACCUUAGGAUACCUAGCAAAUGACAGUUUGGUGAUCAAAGCCGAAGUUUGCGUCUUUACAGUUACUCCUCCGGUGAUCAUUCAGCCAGCUGGACCAACUGAUAAGUUUGACUCCUAUUUUACUGGUCUGGAGGUACUCAUCCAUGCUGCUGAGACUAAUGGCGUUAGUGAAGGAUCAAGUUCAUGCCACCAAGACGGUGCUUUGACGGCUGAACUUCCUAGCUUAGAAGAAAUUGACAAGGCGAAGCAUUCUUUGAAGGAAUGCCUUUCAGAUCUCUUUAAGUUGAAUAUGAAAGACAGACUAUCUGAGGCACUAGUGACUUUAAGCUUAGCCAAAACAGGAAUAUCGUUGGAGCAACAGAUUGCCAUUAAGACAUUUCAGGCCAAUUUCAACGAUUUCACUUCUGACUUCUUAACAUUUGAGCAGGACAAUGCUGAGUUUGAGCUACGUAAACUACAAAGGGACGAAAGGUUCUCUGCUAUGAAGAAGAGCCAAGAGACUCACAUCUUGUAUAAACAGUUAAUGGAUAACCUCGCCAAGGAAGAGGAAGAGCACAAGAGAAAGAUGGAGGAAGUGAAGUCUAGGAGAGAGAAGCUUCUCUCAGACUGGGAGAUCUUGCUGGUCGAGUCUGAAGAAGCGAAGUCGGGCUAUAAAGAUGAGCAGAAGAAAGUAGUAGAGGCUGAGGAAAAGAAGAGAGUAGCCGAGGAAAGAAUGUCUAGAUCAACCACUGCUUGGUCGAAUUUGAAGGCUCAAUUCUGCUAAAACUGUAAGAUUUCAAAUAGGCUAUGAAGUAAUUGUUCACUUAAAGCAUGAAAACUGUGUUUUAGCUUGACUAUUGGUUGGCCAAUUUUCAGCAGAACAAUUGCUUAGAGGGGCUUAUUUGGUUGAUCCUAUAUCAUGUUAAUUUAGUCAGCAUGUGAGUCAUAUAUAUAUAUAUAUGUAUGUCUGUACAGUCAGUGUUUGAUGUCUUCAUAUGAUAUGCAUGAUCAUCGAGCUUUUUGCUCUUGCAGCUUGGAAAA